UUCAGGCAAGAUGGCAGCGUCCUUGACAGGCAUGUUUUGAUUUCAGUGGAGUGUCAGACAUGCUCGGCAGUUGCAGAUUGAACGGGCCGGACCGCUGACAGCCAGAGCGGAACAUGGAGAGACGAGAGUUCGUGGCUUCCCUGGUGGCAGGAGGCUGUGCGGGGAUGUGUGUGGAUCUGACCCUCUUCCCCCUGGACACCAUUAAGACCAGACUGCAGAGUCAGCAAGGCUUCUACAAGGCAGGGGGCUUCAGGGGCAUCUACGCUGGGGUCCCAUCUGCUGCUGUCGGCUCCUUCCCCAAUGCUGCUGCUUUCUUUGUCACCUACGAAUGCACAAAGUCCCUGCUUGGCACUGGCGGAGCGCUCGCAGCACCACAUGCGGCCCCUGUCACUCACAUGCUGGCCGCCUCCCUGGGUGAAAUAGUGGCGUGUCUUAUACGGGUCCCCACAGAGGUGAUCAAACAGAGGACCCAGGCUUCUCCGUCGUCCACCACCUACCAAAUUCUGCUGGCUACACUCAGAGAAGAGGGUGUGCGAGGCUUGUACAGAGGGUUCGGGAGCACCGUUCUCAGAGAGAUCCCGUUCUCACUGGUGCAAUUUCCACUUUGGGAAUAUUUAAAGACUCUGUGGUCGUGGAGGCAAGGUCACACGCUCUACUCUUGGCAGGCUGCAGUGUGCGGAGCUUUUGCAGGUGCAGUAGCGGCAUUUGUUACCACUCCUCUUGACGUGGCGAAGACCAGGAUCAUGCUCGCAAAGGCCGGCUCGACCACAGCGAGCGGCAACAUCCCAGUGGUGCUCUACGACGUGUGGAAGAGCCGAGGCCUUACAGGUCUGUUUGCAGGCAGCAUACCGAGGAUGACCUUCAUCAGCGUUGGCGGUUUCAUCUUCCUGGGAACCUAUGAAAAGGUCCGCCGCACUUUGCUAUAGCACCACAUCCUCUCGUGACCGUCCUGAGCCCAGACCUGGUGCCAGAGAGUGGCAGGGAUAGCAUCUCCAGGAAGUAGCACCCUGAGGGCCCCCCUGCACUUCCAUGCUGCAGGGCCCCCGAGAAGCAAGGAUCACCUGGUGCUCGGGGAGAAGAGCCGUCCACAAGCUUGAUCCCAUUACCCAGCAUUCCUGCUUAUCGCUGCCCUGCAGAUUGAGUGUAACAGCCGCCGUCCCACUUGUUGAGCAGCACCAGUGGCUCGGCGAAACGGAGCCACACAAGACAAGACGAGCAGUGAAGCAUCUUUACUGUUUAAUGUGUGUGUGAAUGAACGAGUUAUGGUUUUUAAAGACUGUCUCUUCUUCUACUUUGA